AUGAAUAAAAGAUAUUUCAUUACGAGCGAUAAAUACGGUGGGCGAUUAUCAAGAAGUUUUUUAACGAGAAAAUUUACUAAAAAUAACACCGCCGCCCCUAGUCUCACUCCCUGCAGCGUAACUUACACGUCAACAAGCGUUCGACAUCUCUCAUCAGUAAACGGACGCUUACUUACUAAAUCAAUAUUUCCAUCUGAUAACUUGCAUUUUCCAUCAGAAGGAAAACUAUGGUGGUGUGUUCACAAUAAUUCUUCAUCGAUGUUCAAAAAAAACUCUUUGGAAGUUCCUCUGUGA